GCUGAAGAAAAUCCACUUUUCCAUCCUUCUAAGUUCCAAGGAGCAUCAGCCGCUCGGAAUUGCCACAGAGCCGGCGUGGACUUGAUGAAUAUGGGAUGUCAGUGUUGCAAGGGUUCUUUUGUUCUUUAAAGGUCGUCAAGGGUUUGAGAUUUAUUCUCCCACUGGAAUAUUCUAAAGGGUCAUGAGUCAAAUUGAUGCACCCCGGCCUCUUAACUGGACCAUUCGUAAGCUGUGCCACGCUGCCUUUCUCCCUUCUGUCAGACUUCUCAAGGCUCAGAAAUCAUGGAUCGAACGAGCUUUUCACAAGAGAGAAUGUGUACAUAUCAUACCCAGCACCAAAGACCCCCAUAGGUGUUGCUGUGGGCGUCUUAUAGGCCAGCAUGUUGGUUUAACGCCAAGUAUUACCAUCAUUCAAAAUGAGAAGAACGAGGGCAGACUAAAUCGCAAUGAUGUGCAAUCUGAAAAGUGGUCAGUUGGGAAACAUACGCAGCUCAGCCCCACCGAUGCCUUUGGGACUAUUGAAUUCCAAGGAGGGGGCCACUCCAAUAAAGCUAUGUAUGUACGUGUAUCGUUUGACACAAAACCUGAUCUUUUACUGCAUCUUAUGACAAAAGAGUGGCAACUAGAACUUCCCAAACUUCUAAUAUCUGUCCAUGGUGGCCUCCAAAACUUUGAACUUCAGCCAAAACUCAAACAGGUCUUUGGCAAAGGCCUAAUUAAAGCUGCCAUGACAACAGGGGCCUGGAUAUUUACUGGUGGAGUCAACACAGGAGUCAUUCGCCAUGUUGGUGAUGCAUUGAAAGACCAUGCGUCAAAAUCAAGAGGGAAGAUCUGCACCAUCGGUAUUGCUCCUUGGGGGAUUGUAGAGAACCAGGAGGACUUAAUUGGUAAAGAUGUCGUUCGUCCCUACCAAACCAUGUCAAACCCUAUGAGUAAAUUGACAGUACUCAACAGCAUGCACUCACACUUUAUCCUUGCUGACAAUGGAACCACUGGAAAAUAUGGGGCUGAAGUGAAACUGCGGCGACAGCUAGAAAAGCACAUUUCUCUCCAAAAAAUCAAUACAAGAAUUGGACAAGGAGUUCCAGUUGUUGCACUUAUUGUAGAAGGUGGGCCUAAUGUGAUAUCAAUUGUCUUGGAAUAUCUUCGCGACAGCCCACCAGUCCCCGUUGUAGUCUGUGAUGGCAGCGGACGUGCAUCUGACAUUCUUGCCUUUGGUCAUAAAUACUCAGAAGAAGGAGGCCUUAUCAAUGAAUCAUUAAGGGACCAGCUAUUAGUUACAAUUCAGAAGACAUUCACGUACACUCGAACCCAAGCACAGCACCUUUUCAUGAUCCUCAUGGAAUGUAUGAAGAAAAAGGAGCUGAUUACUGUGUUCCGAAUGGGUUCAGAAGGUCAUCAAGACAUUGAUUUAGCAAUCCUUACAGCUCUUCUAAAAGGUGCCAAUGCUUCUGCGCCUGACCAACUUAGCCUUGCGUUAGCUUGGAACCGAGUGGAUAUAGCUCGAAGUCAGAUCUUUAUAUAUGGACAACAGUGGCCGGUGGGGUCCCUAGAACAAGCAAUGCUCGAUGCUCUAGUUCUGGACAGAGUUGAUUUUGUGAAAUUACUUAUAGAAAAUGGAGUAAGCAUGCAUCGCUUCCUCACACUCUCAAGACUAGAGGAAUUAUACAAUACAAGACACGGCCCAUCAAAUACCUUAUAUCACUUGGUCAGGGACGUAAAAAAGGGCAACCUACCUCCGGAUUACAGGAUAAGUCUGAUUGACAUUGGGCUUGUUAUUGAGUACCUCAUGGGAGGAGCUUAUCGUUGCAACUACACAAGGAAGAGAUUUAGGACUCUAUAUCACAAUUUGUUUGGACCAAAAAGACCAAAAGCCUUGAAACUACUCGGGAUGGAGGAUGACAUCCCAAUUCGGAGAGGAAGAAAGACAACAAAGAAAAGAGAAGAAGAGGUGGAUAUCGACUUAGAUGACCCAGAGAUCAAUCACUUUCAUUUCCCUUUCCAUGAGCUCAUGGUGUGGGCCGUAUUGAUGAAGCGUCAGAAGAUGGCCUUGUUCUUUUGGCAGCAUGGAGAGGAGGCAAUGGCCAAGGCCCUUGUAGCUUGUAAAUUGUGUAAAGCUAUGGCACAUGAAGCAUCAGAAAAUGACAUGGUGGAUGACAUAUCACAGGAGCUAAACCAUAACUCCAGAGAGUUUGGGCAGCUGGCAGUGGAGUUAUUAGACCAGUCGUACAAGCAGGAUGAGCAGCUGGCAAUGAAACUCCUGACCUAUGAGCUGAAGAAUUGGAGUAAUGCCACAUGCCUGCAGCUUGCCGUAGCAGCCAAGCAUCGAGACUUCAUUGCUCACACAUGCAGCCAAAUGCUUUUGACAGAUAUGUGGAUGGGAAGGCUCCGAAUGCGCAAAAAUUCAGGUCUUAAGGUCAUUCUAGGAAUUCUACUACCUCCCUCCAUUCUCAGCCUAGAAUUCAAAAACAAAGAUGAAAUGCCCUACAUGUCUCAGGCUAACGAAAUAGAUCUACAAGAGAAAGAAGUUGAAGAGCCUGACAAGACUGUCAAGGAUAAAGAAGAUGAUGACAUGGAGCUGACGGGAGUGGUGAGGGUGUGGAAUCGACCACCUGAGGAAACAAUUCAAGAAAGAAUGGUGGACUACAAGACAAAAUUAAAUGCUGCAAUGCUGGCUAGAGGCAAUGGAGAUUCAUCUAGAAAGAAAGAUGAGGACGAUCACCCAAGACAUCGCUUAAUUCCUCUUGGAAGAAAAAUCUAUGAAUUUUAUAAUGCUCCAAUUGUUAAAUUCUGGUUCUAUACAAUGGCCUACAUGGGAUAUCUCAUGCUAUUUAACUACAUCGUGUUAGUAAAGAUGGAUCGGUGGCCAUCAGCGCAGGAGUGGUUUGUCAUCUCAUACAUUUUCACCCUGGGAAUAGAAAAAAUGAGAGAGAUAUUGAUGUCGGAGCCAGGAAAGCUAUUGCAGAAGUUUAAAGUGUGGUUGCAGGAAUAUUGGAAUGUCACAGAUCUUAUCUCCAUCCUGUUGUUUUCCAUUGGAAUGAUAUUUCGUUUACAAGAGCAACCCUUCAGCAGCUAUGGAAGAGUAGUGUAUUGUGUGAAUAUCAUCUACUGGUAUAUACGAUUGCUUGACAUCUUUGGUGUGAACAAGUACCUUGGGCCCUAUGUGAUGAUGAUUGGCAAAAUGAUGAUUGACAUGAUGUAUUUUGUUAUUAUUAUGUUGGUCAUUUUAAUGAGUUUUGGUGUUGCAAGGCAAGCCAUUCUCUUCCCCAGUGAAGAACCCUCAUGGAAGUUGGCUAAGAAUAUUUUCUACAUGCCUUACUGGAUGAUCUACGGAGAAGUGUUUGCAGACCAGAUAGACCCACCAUGUGGAUAUAACGAGACUGCAGAAGAUGGAAAAGUAACUCAGUAUCCUCCCUGCAAAACUGGAGCCUGGAUUGUUCCUGCUAUUAUGGCGUGCUACCUCUUGGUUGCAAACAUUCUCCUUGUAAACCUCUUAAUAGCAGUAUUUAACAAUACAUUCUUUGAAGUAAAAUCAAUAUCAAAUCAAGUUUGGAAAUUUCAGAGGUACCAAUUGAUAAUGACGUUUCAUGAAAGGCCUGUAUUGCCACCUCCUUUGAUUAUAUUUAGCCAUUUUACCAUGAUAUGCAAGCACCUCUGCUGUCGAUGGAGAAAGCAUGAGAGUGACCAGGAAGAAAGAGACUAUGGAUUAAAGUUGUUUAUAACAGAAGAUGAGCUUAAAAAAGUACACGAUUUCGAAGAACAAUGCAUAGAAGAAUAUUUCAGAGAAAAAGAUGACAGAUUUAAUUCUUCAAAUGAUGAAAGAAUUCGAGUCACUGCAGAAAGAGUGGAAAACAUGUCUAUGCGCCUGGAAGAAGUGAAUGAACGAGAACAUAUCAUGAAGGCUUCCCUUCAAACUGUAGAUAUCAGACUGGCUCAGCUGGAGGAAAUGCUAGGGAGAAUGGCUACUGCAAUGGAACGACUUGCUGGGGUUGAAAAGGGAGAAAUAAAUAAAGUAAGAUCUAGAACCUCUUCAGAUUGCACAGAUGCAGCAUACAUAAUAAGACAGAGCAGCUUUAACAGUCAAGAAGGAAAUGCCUAUAAACUCCAUGAGAUUGAUCCUGUAGGAGAAGAACCUUUGUCUCCUACCUCUCCUACCCUUAUCCCACGAAUGAGAAGUCAAUCUUUCUAUUCAACAAACUUUAGGGACAAAGGGGGUUUUGACAAAUUUGAAGGUUUUUUUAAGGAAAGAACAGUAAAUCUUCACAGAGCUACAAGCUCACACUCCAUAUCAAAAGAUACAAAGCCUCCUCCUUCUCCAAUAAACUCUUUGUCUGUUGCCCCAGAAUCAAGAAGGCCUUCUUCUUGUAUAGACAUAUAUGUUUCAGCUAUGGAUGAAGGACAUUUUGCUCUGGAACCUGGAGAGAGCUCAAUGAAUGUAGCCAGUGCUGAUCACAUGACAGAUUUAAAUUCAGCAGGUCGAGCCUGCAGCACUGGAACACACUGUUCUAAAAGUUGUAGUAGGAAUCCUAGUUAUGAGGAAGGCACAUCAAUGGAUCCAUGUGUAUAUCCUCCAGAAGUCACCAAUGUUCCAAACAGCCAAAAUCCUUGGGACACAGAUCCACCUACAUACCACACACUUGAGCGUUCCAAAAGUAGUCGUUUGUUGGCAACUGCACCUUUUAUCCUGGAGGAAACACCAAUAGUAAAAUCGCAGAGUUUUAUGUUUUCUCCUUCUAGAAGUUACUAUAACAAUCUUGGAGUGCCUGUAAAGACUGCAGAAUAUACAAGUAUCACAGACUGUAUUGAUACAAGAUGUGUCAGCAGUUCUCCACAAGCCACUGCGGAACGGUCUACAUCUCCGGGAUGUGUUAGAGAAAAAAUUGAAGACCUUAGUUCUUGCCAUCCAGAAAGAGAGGCAGAACUUAGUCACCCAAGCUCAGACAAUGAGGAUAAUGAAGCAGAUUUGAAAAACAAGUGUACAACAUCCACUUUAACUGCACAUGAAAGCUCUAGAACUCUCUCCAACAAUAUAGCAUUCCCUAAAAUAGAACGAGCAAAUAGUUACUCAGCAGAGGAGCCUAGUUCAAUGUAUGCCAACACAAAGAAGAGCUAUUCAAUAAGUGAUAAACUUGAUAGGCAGCGUACCACGACAGGCCUUAGAAAUCCAUUCCAAAGGAGCAAGUCAUCUAGACCAGAGAGUCGAGGAGAUAAUCUAUCCAUGAGAAGACUUUCAAAAACAGCAGCCUUCCGUAGUUUUGAGAGCAAGCAUAGUUAGAUCUAGAGCAUUUUUCUAAAUUAAAUAAGGGAGGGGUUAUUAAAUUAUUCAAACACAUUUUCUAUCUCAAUACAAUGUCCUCACAACACCGUGGAACAUCAGUAAGGGCCAAAGCUGACACACGUCUAACAAUCAUUUUGUGAUAUCUGUUAAUCAAUUAGCUUGCUGAAUACUCAGUAAGGUGGUAUUUGUAGUUUAUGCUUCAUGAUAAUGAUUUAAUGUGAUUGAUUUACUGCACAGUUGAAUUCAAACAAAAAAAAAUAUGCAUCUCCCCAAAGUCUUUAUUAAAUUACCUAGUUUUGAAAAGUAUAGUUCGUUGGAUUGCAUUGUUCUGAUUUCCUAGAAACUGUUACCAAGUUUGCACAGAGAGAAUUUUAUAAUGUAACACAAAAAUGUGCAUUGGUUUUCUUGUGUUAACUCUCUCAUAUUAAAGCCUCUCAUGUCCUGUUAAAUGUAUUGUAAUGUAACAGGAGCUCUCAGGUCCUGAAAUUGGCUAUGCCAAGUGCAACUUUAUGAAUCAUGUCCAGCAGACAAACAACACAACAUAAUUAUGACAUGAUUAUUGACCUUUCUAUUCUGUAUUGACUCCCAGUGCCACACUACGGUUCAUCCUUUGUUCUUUUUUUGAGGGUCUGGUGGCAGAAGGAAAAAAAAUGCUUUUGCAUCACCAAGUACAGAUGAAAGAAUUUCUCCAGAAAGUACAUUCAAAUAAACUUUUUUGUCUUUCAUGGGCAUUCUAGCACAGUUGAGCAAGCUCAGGAUGAAUGUAAUUUAAUGGUUUAAUGUUAUAUAUAUUUAUUUUUUUACCAUGUGUUGUUAAUGCAGUUGCCUCAGUAAAUGCAUGCUUUAAAAAGUGAAGCUAACAUGCUGAUGAUAUGCUUGUGAGAGGAGUGUGUAAUGAAUACAAUCACUGUGUUACUGCAAACACUGCCAGAGUUUUCCUACUGUUCUGUUGUUACCAGCACAUUGAACUCAUUACAGUACUAAUGAUCAAGUUGAUAUUUCCUUUUCAUUUGUAAUACAAUAAUAAUAGAGUAAACUUUUUUCAACAGCACUGUCAUUGAUGUUACCCUAUGUAAAUAUAUAAUGUAUUAUGUGUUGAAAUAACCUAUUGUGUAUGAUGUCAUGGGAAGAGGAAAAGAUAAAAUAUGGCUUACUGGAUAUUCCUCUUAUAAAAUACAGUUAUAUUUUAAUUGGUAAUAAAAAUAGGCAGUGUUGAAUUAAAUGCAAACGAAAAUACCAUUUUGAGAACAGAUUGCUGGAUAAUGCAUCCACAAAAUAAAAUGGUGGAGCAUGCAAAGAAAAAAAAUGUACCUAAUACUAAUACUGGAAAAAUACAUUUCUCAAAAGUAAUCCAUAGAAAUAAAAAAAUAAUAAUAUAGUGUAAAUCUGUGUGCAUAAAAUAUAUACAUAUGUGAUUUCCAAAUGGCAACUCACAUAAUAUAGAGCUAAAUAAAAGUAGUGAAGCAGUUGGUGUCUUAAAAGUUCUACACAACCUUCUGGAUGAAUGAUAUUGAUGGAUGGUAACCCCAAAAAUAAAUUCAAAGAUCAGCCACUAAAGGUGCUUCCUGGUCUUUCACGCAAUUUAACUUCACAAAACGACGUGUACUUUGCAUGAAGACAUGUAGCUUAUUGAAAAUCCCCACAUGAAAGCAUUGAUUCAAUGCUUUCUAUGAGAGAAGCCCAAUGUAAGCGUGUCGCUCGCCGUGCCUGUUCACUUGGUCGUACCCCCCUCCUCCCAUUGCUGAGGUUGGAGGAGGCGGAGAGCAAUCUAGCGCUGAGGGACCUACAGUGUUAAGAAAACAAUUCCUUUAAGGACAAAAUAGCCAAAGUGCAAAAAGUCUCUAAACCAGCAAUGCUUUCAGUUUGGGCCCUUUUAUUCGAAAUUUGUAAUUCACUUUGACUUCUCAUUUUAGUAAAUAGCCCUGUUAGUCAAACAAUGUCUUCCCAGCAAAGUGUAUCAUUUCAUUUAAAUACAUUGGUGGAAAGAAGCAAUGGAGACUAUGUAGGUGAGAGGAUAAUCGCUGUUCUGUUAUAACUAGAAAAAUGUGGUCAAAAGUGAUAUUGUUAACUAAAGCAAAUGCCGUAUAACAAACCCUUUCAACUGGCUAGUUGUUCUGUACUUUUAUUUUAAAUACCACAAAUUAUUAUUGAGUGCUAGGGUUCAAUUAAUACUGCAUGAAUCAAACUACAUGGGCAGUUUGUGAAUGUAAAAUUAAAACAUGUAAAGAGGGUUUUUUUCUAGGGCAAGGUGCAAAAUAAGAAGCAAUGACCCAGCACCAAGGGACAUCAACACUGGGAUUUGGGAAGUAAUUCAAGGGUUUUUUAAACCCUUUAUUCGCUAGGGAUGUGCACGAGGGAGUUGGGGUCAAAGGGCUCCAUAGUGUCAAAGGGCUCCAUAGUGGAAUACAACUUUGUAUUUGUAACAGAUACCUUUAAUGUUUUAUGUACUUUAACGGCAAUAAAAAAUUAUUAAUAGUGAAUAGAUAAGAAAGGGAAUAGGUGACUCGCAUCUGUGAAACUUGGUUUAUAUGCAAUGUGCAAUACUUCUGGGUUUAAAAGUCAAUAAAAAUCCUCAGUCAAUGGGGAACAUUAGCAGCAUAAGCUUGUGCAAGGGGUGUUUCAGAUGUGACUAAGUACAUCCUAAUCCAGGAUCAUAUUAUCCUCCCUGUCCCCCAUUUAACAUCUUUUGAGUCAGUUUGAUUUAGCUUCUUAUUUAGGUUAAGAUAAAUAUUGUUUAAAUGAUCUACUGCAGUGAUAUUUUUUUACUACUAUUUUUAACUAUAGUUCAGUUGAUCUAUUUAACCAACUCGAUCCCCCUUCCCCCCACCCCUAAUUCUGUGUAAUAUAACACAUACAGAUACAUACACGGAAACACAUGCCCCUUCAAUGCGGCCCCGGCGGUUGUUCCGUGCGGCCAGGGCCGCCCCACAAUCUCGGCAGGCUCCGCGGUCGCAGGGGGCGGCCGGGCCCCCUGGAGUGAACGGGCGUUCUCAUCUGUGACACCUGCGACCACGGUAGUUCUGCUACUGCAUCUA